AUGAUAUGGAAUCAAACGCCAGUGUCGGUUCGCAGUGUUUUGAAUGAAUUAUCGGGUCAAUUUUCUCAAAAUCUAAAUUUAUUUGAGCGCUCUUUGCAUAGUGCCCAGAGAGAGAUUCUGUGGCUAAGUCGGCUUCGACAUCCCAAUAUCAUUUUGCUGCUUGGUGUCACACGUCCAAUGUCGGAUCUUGAAGUCCCCAGCCUAGUUUUUGAACGAAUUCAGAUGGGGUGCUUACAUACCAUGAUUUUAAAAGAGCACAACAGACUGAGCCUUUUGGACCGUCUAACAGUGCUUCGGCAGAUCAUCGAGGCUCUUAUUUAUCUAAAAAAUCUUGGCAUUGUUCACACCACAGUAAGCUCUCACUCCAUCUACCUAGCGGAUUUGUACCAUUCAAAGCUGGCACAUUUCGAGCACGCGCUACACUGGCAUGAGUGGUGUGAGGAAGGUAGAAGGAAGUCAUCACGGAUGAGACUAUCAGAGGAGGAGAUCAAACAUCUUGGAGCCUGGUUGGCUCCAGAGGUUGUGCUACUCAAUCAAUCACCAGAAAUUGAGCUGGAAAGCAAAGCUCAGACCAUGUCGCUUAAUGCCCAUCACAGUACCAUCGGCAGUGGUAGCAGUGGCAAAUAUUGCAUGCUUACUCCUGCGACGGAUACUUUCGGCGUAGCCAGAGUAAUGCAAGAGCUAUUCGAGCCAUGCUGUGCCCAUCGAUUUCGCAGAUCAGCUCCUGCAACCAGUAAAGAGAAGUUGGUGGAGAUUUUGGAGGAGGCAGGAGAAAAAAAUUUGCAUUUUUAUUUGCGACCUGUGAUCAAAAAGGCCCUUCGAGGCGAGUAUACAGCAAGGGGAGAAGUCGAAGAUCUUCAUAUUGCUGUUGAGCUGGCAUUCCGAGACCUUCUUGAUAAAAGGAAUUCCUUGCAACUUCAAGGACGGAUUAAUGCUAUGCAUUGGUGUGAAUGUGAUUCAGUCUACACCAACACUGUUAUCACCUCACCUUUCAAGGAUUCAAAAUCAGAGGAAGGCCUGUUUGAUCCAGCAAAGCGAGGAACUUCAAAAAAAGUUACCACCAACUUUGAAAACAAGAGCAAGGAGAAACCAGCAAGUCAAAUUUUCACACCUCUCUCAACAUCUUUCCUGACAUUGGGUCGAGAGACGUCUCUGCCAGAGCAGUACUUAUCUAGUGCAGGAAUAAAGUGCGCAAAGGUUUGUCAAGAGGCGCAGGACGUUACGGCAUCUAAUGCGAUAGGGAGUGCUGAGCGACGUAUUGACGGCACAUGUUUCUGA